AUGUCUGUCGGCGAGAAGAACCACUCGGGCGACGGGUCCCUCGGUUCCCUGGAUGACGAGAAGCACGUCGGCACCGUCGGUGUUGCUGUUCUCGCUCGUGAGGUCCAGGCUCUCGCGGCCGAUAUCGAGGAGGCGAUGGCCCACGCCGACACCUUGUCGCAUGAGGACGUUGAGGAGGCGUUGCGGUUCAUCCACCUGACGUACUCCAAGGAUCCCAACUUCCCCUCCCACACCAUCGACCUCAUCGAACAGUACUUUGCGGAAGAUGCGGCGAGUGCGGACUCCACUGACCGUGCCAAGCUGUACGAGGAGUUGAAGGUCGAAGCUGCCUUGGUUAUGAUCAACUCUCCCUACUCCGAGGUCCGCGCCGUGGUCUCGAGCACGGACGAUCCGGCGAUGCCUUCGUUCACCAUCCGCGCGUUCGUCAUCGGCAUGGUUUACGUCUGCAUCGGCGCGUUCAUCAACCAGUUCUUCUCCAUCCGCAAGCCGAACAUCUACAUCGACUCCAACGUCGCGCAGCUGCUCGCCUACCCCGCCGGCAAGUUCUUCGAGAAGGUUCUCCCGGACUGGAGCUUCGCCAUCCCGUUCACGAACGAGCGUCUCUCCCUCAACCCGGGUCCGUUCAACAUGAAAGAGCACAUGGUCAUCACGAUCAUGGCGAACGUCGGCUUCAAGAACCCGUACACGGUGCACAUCCUCUGGGUCCAGUACAUCCCGCGCUUCUUCAACCAGCGCUGGGCGAGUAACUUUGGUUACCAGCUUCUCACAUCACUCUCCACGAACUUCAUCGGUUACGGUAUCGCUGGCCUGACUCGGCGUUUCCUCGUGUACCCGGUGUAUGCUAUUUGGCCCAAGAACCUUGCUAUCAUUGCACUGAACAAAGCAUUCCACACCGAGGCUAACGUUUUGGCGAACGGCUGGAAGAUCUCGCGUAUGCGCUUCUUCCUCUACGUCUUCGGCGGCAUGUUUGUGUACUUCUGGUUCCCGAACUACAUUAUGGCCUUCCUGUCUUACUUCAACUGGAUGACUUGGAUCGCGCCGAAGAACGUCCUCCUCGGUGCUGUCACUGGGAGCGUCGGCGGUCUUGGACUCAACCCGAUCCCGACCUUCGACUACAACCAGCUUACGGCGCUUGGCACCACCCCGCUGAUCACCCCGUACUUCGCCACUGUGAACAUCUUCUUCGGCGCCCUCCUGACUUUGCCGAUCAUCCUCGCCAUCUGGAUGUCGAACGUCUGGUACACUGGCCAUCUCCCUAUCAACUCGAACGCAGUCUUCGACAACACCGCCGGUCGCUACAACGUCUCGCUCACCGUCAACGCCGACGCCCUCUUCGAUCCCGUGAAGUACGCAGCGUACUCACCUGCGUACCUCACCGCCGGGAACAUCCUUUUGUACGGCUUCUUCUUCGCUAUCUACUCGGCCACUCUCUCGCAUGCGUACUUGUACCAUCGCCAUGCCAUUGUUGCUGGCUUCAAGGACCUCAUCAAGAGGAAGAAGUUUGACAAGGAUGCUAAAUACGACGUACACGGCCGCCUCAUGGCCUCAUACAAGGAGGUCCCCGAAUGGCACUAUGCGAUCGUCCUCGCGCUCUCCGUCGCCCUCGGUGCUGCCGGUGUUGGUGCUUACCCGACCCACACGAGCCCUGCUGUCGUCCUCUACGGUAUCUUCCUGGCACUGAUCUUCAUGAUCCCCGCUGGCAUCAUCCUCGCCGUCACCAAUGUCGAGGUCACGCUCAACGUCAUUGCCGAAUUCUUCGGUGGUCUCUGGUUCCCCGGCAACGCCACGGCGAUGAACUACUUCAAGUCGUACGGCUACAUGGUCGCGACCUUCGCCUCCACAUUCGUCUCGCUCGGGAUCCUCAACUUCCAGAUGACCGGCAUCGAGAACGUCUGCGACCCGCACCAGAAGGACCGAUUCGUGUGCCCGGGCGAGAACACGUUCUUCACCGCGUCCGUGCUCUGGGGUACGCUCGGGCCCGCGCGCAUGUUCGGCGCCGGGGCGAUCUACAACCCGCUGAUCUGGUGCUUCCUCAUCGGCUUCGUCCUCCCCUUCCCCGUGUACUACCUGAAGGAGCGCUUCCACUCCCUGCGCUACUUCCACCUCCCCGUCUUCUUCUCUGGGGCGCUCUCUUGGGCUCCGUACAACCUCUCGAACGUGUGGCCCCAAGUCCCCCUCGCGUGGUUCUUCAUGGUCUACAUCCGCAAGCGCGCGCUCGCGUGGUGGUCCAAGUACAACUACGUCAUGGCCUCUGCGCUCGCCUGCGGCAUCGCCAUCUCGGGCAUCGUCCAGUUCUUCGCGCUCCAAUACUCGUCGAUCGAGAUCGACUGGGUGCCGAACACGAUCUCGUUCACGGGCUGCGACUCGGACGAGUGCCCGUACUUCGCGGUCCCCGAGCGCGGCUUCUUCGGCCCUGGGGUCGGCGAGUUCUCGUGA